CACAGAGCACAGUCCGAACAACAUAUACUUUUACUUGUUAGUUGUUCUGUGGCUUUAUCUUAAGGGCUUAAGGCUAAUUCCAAUCGUAAUUAACAGUGAAUCAUAAACUCGUAAUUCGUCAUUCUAAGCUCUAAACCUUUCUAAAUAGCGAUAAAAAAUGGAACUGUCACUUGUCGCAUCUAUUUCGACCUAAAUAAAGGGAAAAGUGGCAACGCACCUGCGAAAUACAGAAUUUGUCAUCAUGGAUUCCUUCUCAUGGAUUGGAUUUGUACCUGUUUCAUAUUCAAAUUUGCUUUAGUGCAUGUAUUAGAAGCCUCACAAAAGCAUUCUACCGUGAAUUAGUGCAGCACUGCAGCCAGACCUGUGCGUCAACGUACGUCAACCUGAGCUCUGCGUCUGUUUCGAAACUUCAGCUCCACCCAGCUCUUUCGAAAACUAUGACAUAUCAUCGAAAGUGAUCUGGUAAGUGCUAUAUACCUUGCUGUUUCGCUGACAAUACUUCAGAGCAUUUCUUGCCACCAUUUCGAUAAGGUUCCAGAAUGAAGUUGUCCCUGAUGUUCUUCUUCAUCUUUUGCUUAGCAGUCAUUGCUGUGAAAGCUCAGACAAAAACAACUCUGAAGUUAACGACGACUAAGGCAGGCGUGAAACCUGUUACCAAAACAGCUGCCUCGGCUGUUAAAUCCUAUAAAGUUUGCCGGGACAAAACUUCAACAGCAACUAGUGGAUCUAUUCAGCCCUUAGACGGGCUAAAGCCGGUAGCAACCGGACCGCCGAAGAACUGCAAUUUUACCAUCACCGCACCUACGAACCAACAUGUUCAGAUGUCUUGCUCGCUUGCAAAACUGACUGUUACAUCUACUUACUUCAAUGAGUCACUCUUAUCCACAUUUUCAAGUUCAUUAAUGUUGGACGGAACCCUCGACAUUUACUACAAUAACAUAAUCGUACCUAAUAGGGUAUAUACUUCGUACAAAAAUAAAAUGACGGUAAAUUAUCGAGUGCUCAAUGCAACAGACAAAUUUGAUUGUAAAUGGACAACAAUUAAGGCGCCCACGACAACGAGAGAUUUCAAAUGGUGUCGAGAGAGUGAAACUAAUGCAACCAGUGGAUCCAUUCAAACCAUACGUGAAUCAGCUUUGAAUAGAACAACUUACAAUAACGUAGUUAGACUAUGUCCUUUCUUCAUCAAUUUACCACCCAAUGGUCAAAUCCAGAUGUCUUGCCCGUUCAAUGCUUCCUCUCAGAAUUUUCUUCUGCUGACAUUCAGAUCUGCCAGUGAUUUUUAUUUCUUCCAAUCUAAAUUCAACAAGACCGCUACAAAUAGAAAUCAAGUAGAUUUACUGUCGUUGCGGAAAAUUACCGAUACUGGUACUCCAAUUGGUUGUAACUGGACCACGACAGCAUCCACCACGGCAACUACAAAUUUCAAGUACUGCGUUCACGUACAAUCAACGGCCAAAAACGGGACCAUUUCAUCAAUAGCUAAAACGACUGACUCAAACAUAACUUGUUUAUUUUCCGUCUUCGCUUCCCUUGGUCAGCGCAUUCAGAUAUCUUGCACAAAUGUCAACUUAUUACGUCUUGACAGCAGUCUGAUAUUAUCCGAAAACGGUGAAAUCGUUGCAAGGCCAUCCUUGAACGAUGUUUACACGACAAUUACCAAUCGAUUAGAUGUUAUAUCUAUGUUAAGCAAAGGUGAUUCGUUUCGAUGUAACUGGACGACGGUAAAAAUCCCGCCAACGACUAAUUUCAAAUUAUGCCGAGAUGGAGAGGCAAAGGUAGCCCCUGGAUCAAUUACACCUUUUAUUAAAACAAUAGUAGGAGGAGAACCUAGGAUAUGUCGCUUUUCCAUCGUCGCACCUUUGAAUAAACGGGUUCGAUUGUUUUGCCCGGUCUCCAGCAUUGAUAUAACAUUGUUUGAAUUCAAACCCUUCACCUCGAUUAUUGAUAUAUCCGUCGUCAACAAGGUUUAUACAUCAACGAGAAAUGAAAUGAACCUGUUAUCGGUAAUAAGGAGCUCAUUUGAGUUGAAUUGCACUUGGAAGUUCGUGUGAGCAUAUUUGUAUAACGGUCCUGGAAUGUGUGUCUCCGUCAAUAAUUGUCGGAAAUGAAUGACGGGAAAAAGAGAAGAAAGCGCAGAAAAGAUUUAUUGUCAAAGUAAACGACUAUAUCCCAACCCCUAAAUUUAAUACCUUGCAGGCCGUACUGAUUGAUUCACCAAAUAUUCCUUCAAUUUAAUUUUCUUAUUCAUGGCACAAGGUUUUUCCUAUUUCAGUUGUGUAGCUAACCUCUAUAUUCCUGUGUGAGUUCAAUAGGCUUAUUGUUUGUUAUGAGCAACAAUUACUGUUUUUCCUUUAGAUUUUCUUUCUCUCACAGUAGCUACAUACGCAAAAUAUUAUGCUGUGACACAAGUGUAAGGAAAUAUUUAAUAAUCACUUGGGAAUAAAAUAAGUUAUGCCUAA